AUGUCAAAGGGAGAUAGAAAGUCUGAUUAUUUUGGAAAGGUCCACGACCUUUUCCGUACUUACCGUAAAAUCUUUGUUGUUGGUGUUGAUAAUGUCUCUUCCACCCAAAUGCACCAAAUCCGUCAUUCCAUCCGUGGAAAGGCUGUUCUUCUGAUGGGAAAAAAUACCAUGAUUAAGAAAGCCAUGCGCGACAUUGUCUCUGAGCUUCCAGAUAUUGAGGCUCUCUUUCCCGUGAUCAAAGGAAACGUUGGGUUUGUCUUUACCAAUGAAGAUUUAAAGGAAGUUCGCGACAUUAUCCUUUCGAACAAGAUCGAUGCCCCUGCCAAGGUCGGCACUGUUUCGCAAUGCGAUGUGAUCAUUCCUCCCGGAAAUACUGGAAUUUCUCCAGAUAAGACGUCAUUCUUUCAGACGCUUGGAAUUCCGACAAAGGUCGUCAAAGGAGCAAUUGAAAUCCUCAACGAGGUUUCGCUCCUCAAGGAGGGCCAUCGCGUCGGUGCCUCCGAGGCAGAGUUGCUUAGCAUGUUAAGUAUUAUGCCUUUCAAGUAUGGGUUUGUUCUCGAGAGUGUUUAUGACAACGGUGCCAUCUUUGGACCGGAAAUGCUCGAUAUUACCGAAGAAUCGAUGAUGAAGAUCUAUAAUUCGACGUUGAAUGAUAUUGCGGCCAUUUCUCUUGCCAUUUCAUUCCCAACUGUUGCCUCCGUUCCUCAUAUGCUUAUCAAUGGGUUCAAGGAUCUUCUUGCCUGCUCCCUUUCUACCGAUUAUUCAUUCCCAGCCUCUCAGCGCCUUAAGGAUGCCCUUGCUAACCCGCAGGCAUUUGCACCAGCUGCAGCUGCUCCGGCAGCUUCCGCUGCGCCCGCCAAGGCUGCUGCAAAGGAGGAGCCAGAGGAGGAAUCUGAUCAAGAAAUGGGCUUUGGUCUUUUUGAUUAG